GUGCGGUGACGUCACGAGAAGGCGGGCCGUGACGUUCCACGACAGGAAGGCGGUGACGUCACGUGUCUCUGGCCGCCAUUGCGCGGUAGGGAGAAGAAGGGGCGAGAAACGGCGGAGCUGCUGAGUGGAGGCGAGGAACCGGCGCCCGCUCGCACACGAACCGCCGCGCGGUGAAAAUCGACCAUGGAGGAAAAGUCCUCGGUGAAGGAACUGGAUCAGUGGAUCGAGCAGUUGUCCGAGUGCAAGCAGCUGUCCGAGGGCCAAGUCAAGACGCUAUGCGAGAAGGCCAAGGAGAUCCUGACGAAGGAGUCGAAUGUGCAGGAGGUGCGCUGCCCCGUCACUGUGUGCGGGGACGUCCACGGCCAGUUCCAUGACCUCAUCGAGCUCUUCAACAUCGGCGGGAAGUCCCCGGACACCAACUACCUCUUCAUGGGCGACUACGUGGACCGGGGAUAUUACUCGGUGGAGACUGUGUCGCUGCUCGUUGCGCUCAAGGUGCGCUACCGCGAACGCAUCACGAUCCUGCGCGGGAACCACGAGUCGCGACAGAUCACGCAGGUCUACGGCUUCUACGACGAGUGCCUGCGAAAGUACGGCAACGCCAACGUGUGGAAGUACUUCACCGACCUCUUCGACUUCCUCCCCCUCACAGCGCUCGUCGACAGACAGAUUUUCUGCCUGCACGGAGGCCUCUCCCCCUCCAUCGACACGCUGGACCACAUCCGAGCUCUCGACCGUCUGCAAGAGGUCCCUCAUGAGGGCCCCAUGUGUGACCUGCUGUGGUCGGACCCUGACGACCGUGGAGGCUGGGGCAUCUCCCCGCGCGGCGCCGGCUACACAUUCGGCCAGGACAUCUCCGAAACGUUCAACCACAGCAACGGGCUGACACUUGUGUCACGUGCCCACCAGCUCGUCAUGGAGGGUUACAACUGGUGCCACGAUCGCAACGUUGUCACCAUCUUCAGCGCGCCCAACUACUGCUACCGCUGCGGCAAUCAGGCGGCCAUCAUGGAGCUCGAUGACACUCUCAAGUACUCUUUCCUGCAGUUUGACCCAGCCCCUCGGCGAGGGGAACCUCACGUCACUCGCCGCACCCCCGACUACUUCCUGUAAUGGCGCCAGAAGCUCUUCCUGCGUCGCAGGGCAAGGGCCUCCGUCCGCAGGGCAAGGGCCUCCGUCCGCGUCGCAAACCGUUUUCAGUGGAGCUCAACCCUUGUCUCACUGUCCCCUCGCGGGACCGCUCUUGUUUUAUAAGCGUCAACCUCAUCUUAACGACGAUCGCCGACGCUCCCCGCCCACACUUCAGUCAGUGGAACACGGCAGUACGCCUUUUUACGAUCCACACGACGGCAGGCUACAUUUUAACGACGUUGCUGUGAAGUCCUUUUGGAGCACUUUACUUCGACGUUGUUCAUAAGGAACGAUCAAUUUCAAUGCAGUCCGUUCGUUUGGAAAAACACGCAAAUGCUACCAUCCAUCGGUAUUCCGCAUGAACAAAAUAAGUACAGACACUGUUAGGAAUCCACUUGUGCUUGUGACUACUGCUGAAGUGUGGGAAGGAGUUCUGGGGGUUUCAGAGAAAUCCAUACAUUCACACUUGAUUGAUUCUCUCUUUAACAUUCUAUAUUUUGUUUGUAUUCGUUCUCUCUGCUGAAUGUCUAUUUUUAUUGAUUAACAGGGCUGGGAUGAAGCUGUCUUCAGGCUUCAAAACGUUUUUGCCUCUAUUUCAGAGGUCAAAGAUAAUGUUAAAGGCUAAAUACGUACGCUUUUUAAUUGUUUUACUGUGAGAUCUGCUGUGGAAGUUUGUAUCAGAGCAAGGUGGCCUGCGAUCAUGUCUCCCCCGGCCCCCACCCAUCCGCCCCCUCACUCGCGGCCACUUUGCCGCAACCAAAGUAUUUUAAUGCGAUUCAAAUUGCAGCUCGGCUUAGUCAUCCAAGUUUCGGCCCCUGUCCCCCUUUGCGUUUAAGUCUUAAGGCCGCUUUUCGCUUGCACGCACCGCCCCGCUCCCUCGGUGGGUGCCCACACCACCGCAGACCCCUCCACUGUCGACCCCACCGAAUGAGAGAGAGGGAGAGAUAAAUUACCCGAAGUAGCCGUCUGGAUUUGAGUGGUACGGUUACUCUGGGAGGGCUAACGCCUUGCCCUCAGCCCUGCACGGCAGAACGGAGGUCAUGUGACACCUGCGAGAAGUCACGUCCACCGCGAUCUUCUGGAUCUGGUUGUGGGUGAUGGUGGUGACGGUACCUGUGCUGUGCAGAGCUGAUGGUAGGAAGAUCCCCAUGAGUGGUGGGGCCUUCAUGGCGCUAUCCACCGCACUGACCCUAUAGCAGCUAGACCUUCCCCACGAACCAGUCGCCCCCAGGGUUUAACCACCAGGAAGCCACCAGUGGUACGGCCCUGCCUCUUGUUCCCAGUUGAUUGCGGGAGAUGAUGAUGAUGCGGGGCCUUCGAGGUUUGUAUCACAAAUGAAGAAAUACAAUUUAUUUCCCUCCGAAGCACUGAAGUCAAGUGGUUUCGGCCUCGCGCUCCCUCUACACGUUUCUGUGAUGCUUUGAGCUGUCUUGGCCGCUGCUGCUGUGAGCACUUGAAGGUGUCUUUGGUUGGAGGAACUACCCGCGGCUCUUGCUGCUAGACUGGUCUGCGAGUCACCUUGGUCAUGCGCUACUGGCCUACUGGCCACGCUUGGGCCACAAAUGUAGGCUCGUGUGUGUGGUCUCGACAGGGGUAGCUGCAACCCCAAAUUACUAUUUUGUUUUAAGCCUCGCAUGUGUGUUCACGCUCGACUGCGGUGACCAAUGGGAACAAAUAAACCUUAUAACUGCACGUGCCGCGUGAUUGCACAGCUGGACAGGAGUGUUCAUGUAACGUUAACAACCAUAAAUGGCAAUCUCUGAAAAGGGCUUUUGUGUAAGAUGCACUCAGGAUGUGGGCAGAACACACUAGCCAAUCAAAUUCUAGCCUUACACUGACGGAGAAAGCGUGCUUUUCGCAGGCCUUGCCAGAUUACUCGUAAUCUGCAAUUCCUCUUAAAACCUUACAUAGCAACAGCAACAACCCUGCCAUCACUGACUGCCGUGGGACUUUGCCCACAAUUGCUGGUUAUUGAUCUAAGUUGGCAUGAUGGAUACGAAAUGAUGGCCCAUUACCUGAACCAACUAGCCACUAGUAUAAAACCCGCCGACUAUCCCUACUCAACCCCACCUUCCGUGCGUCACCAGAGGACCCCUGUUCACUUCACUUUAUUGUUUCCAGGACCACUUUUACCAUGGGCAGGUUCAAUCAUGAGCCGUGGUGAUAGGUCCAUGGGCCAAAACAGGAUUAUAGCACCACUAGAGAUGGCUAAACCUACCCAUUUCUCUAUGAUCCAUGAAAGAGAAUUGGUAAACUAAUUGUUCAUCAAUAUUUGUGCUUUUUUUAUCUGUCAAAAUAGUAACAAUGUUUUCCCACCCUAGAACUCCAAGUGAUUUUGUUUGUUGCAUGCUGCAUGAAAUUCAUUAAUUGAAUUUUGCUUUAAAAGAGAACAAGAAAAUUACAACCCAGAAACCAAACUGCCCUACUAGCUUACCACUGAGCUAGUUUGCUUUAGACCCGUGUUGGGCAGCUCAAGGGACACUGUCUCGGUGUCUUAUCUUGCUCGGAACGAGCUGCGGCUCGGCUCGUAUUGUGGGCGCUGUGAUUUUUAGGGUGAUGUAUGUGCACUGGCCACUGGUUUGGGACCGUGGACUCGAGUUUACCUUGAGCUGCAUGCGUUGAGAAGCGUCGUUCUUCACGCCAGUGGGCUUUGCGUUGUGCAACAUGAGAGCUUUGUUUGCACGAAGGACAGUAAACCGGUUUAGUGCAACAUAAUUGACUACACUUGUAAAUCUACGUUGGUGAAACCGAUAUGACAAUCUUUGGCUAAAAACCAGUUUGGUGUUACCGAAUUUUGAGUUCAAUGUUUCAAUCAAACCGGUUUAGGGCAACUAAUGUCAAUCAGGUGAUAUCCUUCAACCUUGGAGAUGAAUGAUCCCAUUGAGAAAAAUGAAACCCUCUUUUGCGAGGCCAAUAUCCGUUCAUGGGGUUUGAUUACUUACCAAACUAGUCCCAUAGAAUUGAAAUGCUCACAUUUAGUUCAUCACGGCCCAACUGAAAGGAACUAGUUUUAAAAAAGUAUACAUAAUUAGUCAAAAUUGUUUCACUCCGAAGUCUUUAUCUUGUGUAAAUGGGAGUUGUCUCAACUGUCGUUGCUAAAAGAUGGUCCAAUCUGUCGUAAAUUAUGGGGAAACACAAUCGUAAUGGAAUAAGUGCAGGCCGGAAACCCGUAGCUUUCAAAUAACACCCGACAUGUUUGAAGCAACAGCUUCUGUGUGUAAAACAAUGCUGAUGGUGCAUCUGGAAAUACUGAUGCGUUUUGCAUAUGCGUAGAGGCUGUGGCCUUGCUGCAGUUGCCAUUGCCAAGAGUGGGACUGCGGUGGUGUGUGCAUAUUUAGGGAGGACGUGUGGAUCCCAGUGAUGACAUCCAUUGGGCAUGUAAUGAUUCAAUACCACCCUCAGCGAUUUUUCACUAUUUGGAAUCGGUAUUAAAUUCAAGAACUGAUUUUUUUGUCUCAUCUGUACUGGUUUGAAGUGUGCGUAUUGGCUGUCUUGUUCGUACUGCUUUGUUUGCAUUGUCAAGUCCUACGUGUACUGGCUGCCUCGUUCCGUCUCGAAUCGUCCCAUUCGCUCUUUGGCAUGUAUUUUGCAUGAAUGAUAAAUAAUCCAUUCCUUCACGCACGAUUCCAUGCGGGUAUCGUGAGUGUAAUAAUGAAUGGUAAUGGAUGAAUCCUUAUGACCCCGAACACCUCUGCCCAGGCACAUUGGUGCUGGCCCUGCAGGUGUCACUGGCCCAAUGCACGAGGGCACCUGACGUGAAUGUUCUACCCUUGCACUACUUGAAGUGACCGGGUGAAAUAUCCACAUUAGGUGUUUUAUGUGGUUGAUGAUCGGAUCACGUGGACUCUCGCACGUCCACCACCCACAUGGGCCAUCCCACCUUGAUCCUUGAGAGCCCCUUUUUAUCCAGUCUCGUCGGCACUGCAGCUGAGCGCUACCGCAAAGUCGUGUAAAGAAACGACCAACGGGAAACAUGCCGCUUUACCGAAAGAACCAAGAAUAUGAAUCACUGCAGUCACGAAAGCUUUAAAUCAAAAUUUAUGCCGCUGGUUGUGCCACCAUUGUGAAUACACCGUUUGUGUGAGACCAACUUGAUCUUAGACCAGACCCUUUCUACAAAUUAUAACCCAUCUCACGCAGUUGACUUCAUAAAAAAAGUUUUAAGUUGAAACGGUUGGGUUAAAAUGUUUUAUUUGUCUAAAAAAGGACUUGCGCUGGCGAUGCUACGCGUGGAAUUGCGAGCCGGGUGGGUCAUCAGGAGUGAAUGAGUUGUGAAAAUGCUUACGUGAAUAAUACUUGCGCAGCCAAUUAUUUGGUUCAUUGACUGACGAGGCGUGGUAUUGGGUUUGCCCAUAACUGGGGACCAUGAGGAUGGGUAGUGUUCGGGUAAAGGCUAGCAGUUGGUCGCAUCACCAUUGUUCAACGAAGCAGUCUUUAUAUUAAACCGCUGCUCUGUGAAACAUGUGUUGGACGGCACGGAGCUCGCCCGUGGCGUUUGCGUGGCUAAGAGUGCGUUGCGUGCGGUGUAAUACUGCAAGAGUAUUCAUGCUGAAGUCAACUUCGGUCCCCUGGUCUGGUGGUUUGGUGCUCAUGGCCCCAUGGCUGCAUGCGAGAGCCUGGAGCCUUCGUCUUGAGUUCGUGGGGGUCGGGUCGGGCCGGGCCGGAUCGGGCUGGGCGGUGCCAUCCACCGCGGGUCUGCCUGUUGUUGACCCCCCCCCCCCUCUCUCCGCGGAGGUCAGAAUGCAAGCAAUAAAGCUGUGUGAUAAAGUUG